CUCCCCGCGGUGGGCAGGCCCCCGGGCCGCUCGCGGGCCCUUUCCCGCGCGGCCGCAGGUUGCCGCGGAGCCUGUUCCCAGCCGCACCCGGAGCUGGCGCGGGGGCGAGGAGGCGCGGGGGCGCCAGGAGCCUGGGUCUGUCUGUCCCGAGGGGAGCCCGUGCGCAGCAGAAAUGGCAGUUUCUUUUUGGAACAAUUUACUUCAAAUUACAAAGAAUAGAGUGUUACAGCAAAGAGGGGUAUCACUUUAUAACUAUACCCACGGCUUUGAGGAACAUGUGAUAAAGAAAAAACUUGAGCAGUUUGCUGGUGGAUCCAUCAACCUUUCUAAAGAUGGCAAUGGCAUUGGAGUCCUCACCGUGAACAACCCAAGGCUUAUGAACGCAUUCACAGGCACUAUGAUGCUUGAACUUCAGGAGAAGGUAACUGAGCUGGAAAAUUGGAAGGAGGGGAAAGGACUUAUCAUCCGUGGUGCAGAAAAUACUUUUUGUUCAGGGUCUGAUUUGAAUGUUGUCAAGGCACUAUCAAGUAUGCAGGAUGGGGUGAACACGUGUAUGUUUAUACGAAACACCUUAACCAGACUUAUGAGGCUGCCUCUGAUUAGUGUUGCAUUAGUUCAAGGAAAAGCUGUGGGAGGAGGAGCAGAACUUACCACAGCUUGUGAUUUCAGAUUAAUGACUCCAGGAAGCGAGAUUAGAUUUGUCCACAAAGAGAUUGGUUUAGUACCUGGCUGGGGAGGAGCUACCAGACUAGUACAACUCAUUGGUAGUGGCAAUGCCCUCAAGCUGUUAAGUGGCGCUCUCAAAGUGGAUCCUGAAAGAGCGGUGAGUCUCAGGCUUGCUGAGGAGAUCUUACCAUCUUCAGAUGAAACUGGAUCUUUAGAAGAAGCCUGUACGUGGCUAAAUCAAUAUACAAAGGGUCCAGCUGAAGUGAUUCAGGCUAUGAAAAAGGUAGUCAUAGCAGGAAGAGAACUACACCUAGAAGCUGCCCUAAGGGAAGAGAAGGACAUUUUUGGAACUGUAUGGGGUGGGCCUGCCCAUGUGCAGGCCUUGGGUCAGAGACCAAAACACAAAUGAUUAAUUAUCAAUGCAUAAGAAAAACAUGUUUGAUCUUUUGAAAACAAAGCCAUACAUUUGAACCAUUUAAUGAUUUGUUAAUUUAAGCUGAAAUUAACAUUCCUAGCUUUUCAUACCAAGGAGUUAGAUUUGAUGUGCUACCACAGAGAGAAAUCCCCAGUAGAUUGUUUGCUUUCCUACUCACAGGUUGAAUGGAGAUUAGUGAAAUUAAUGUUUAAAGAUAAAUGCUGUGCUGGGAUGGAACUGCUAUGCUCUCAGAAUGGGACUGAAGUCAUUGCUUUUCUAAUUUGUAUGGAUAUUAUUGCUAGUGAAAGGUGCUGACUUGAUUACGCUAGAAAUGAAGCUUAGGAUGAGUGAGGAUUGAAAGUAUGUCUCCCUCUGCAUGUGGCCAAAGGAUUUCAAACUAGUUCUGGUGAGAUCCUCACUAAGGUGAGAGGGUGGUUUAUUUUUCAUCUUCCAUUAGGUUUUGGUGCUGCAGCUGAAAAUUUAAGCAAGGGUACAUAUUAAGGGGUUUUUUUUUGUGAAAAGGACACAAAUUCAAGAAUACUGAGCUACUAAACUAACUUAGACACAGGUCCUCAAAGAUACUUAGAUGCCUAUUUAUCUGCCUUUUUAGUGAUCCAGGUACCACCAUGUAGGUACCAGAACAUCCUCAAGCUGUUGGUUGUCUGCUGUCUAGCAUCAUAGACCCCUGAAUUCCCUCAUUGGCUAAGUUUCUGCAGAUGAGCCUAUACAAAGCUGCCCAACUUUUGGCUCCAUGCUUCAGCCCAGAGGCUCUGAAGUGGUACUAUCAAAAUACCCAUUUCCCAGUGUGUGGUCCUCAAUCCCUAGGUAUGCUGAGAGUUCAGUGUUACAGUUUGAGUCCUAUCCCAGAACAAUGUAAGUGUUAGAGCACUUGCUGAGCUGUGGGAUGCCCCAGUUUAAAAGCCUGCUCUGAAACAGGGAUUUAAAUGUGUUCCACAUGUAAAGGGAGUCCACAGUCUUAAGCACCAGCCCAUUGGCUAUUCAGUGGUGGAGGGCAUUUUCUCUCUGUCUCUCAGCUGUUUCACUUUGUGUAAAAAAAUAUUAAUCAACUUAUAGAUCAGUAGUUGGGGGAGAUUCACAUCCCUGCUCCAAAGACUAUUUAAUCCUUUGUUCAAAGAACACCUCCACAAAGAGGAUGCAGAUACAAAACCAUCCCAGAAUUUCCAGCUUUGUGACUUAAGCACUUGUCUGUGACGUGGGUUCACAUGUUGGCCUUACUAGGGUAGGAUAGGGACUUGACCCUAGGUUUUCCAUAUUUCCACUGAAUAUUCUAGCUAUUAGUCUGAUGGAAGAACAUUUUCCCUCAUCAGGUGCCUACUUCCAACCAUCUAAGCCUGUGCCAGAAGAGUACAGUAUGGCACAGUAUCCCCGAGGCACAGUCUUCCUGACUACUCAGAUCACACCACUCCAGCCAGUCUUCCACUUAGGCCAGGGUGUUACAAAAUAAGGCUUGUGGGCCAGAUCCAGCCCAUGAAGCCUAGGGUGCUACUCACGGGUCUUGCACACUGCAUGGGGUGUAUGCCAGACUAGUCAUCUGCACUGCAUGGGGUUUAGCAUGCACUACGCAGUGCACAAGGCUGGAUCUGGUGUACAUGAUGUAUGUGGUGUGCAAAGCUAGAGCUGAUCCAGGGUGUAUACUGCAUGCAAAGCCUAUGCUGACCUAGCCUUGCAUACUGGGUCUCACACACAUGUACACAAAGCCCCAGCUAAUAUUCUGGCAAAACAGUAAAUGGUAGGUGCCUAAAGGGUUGGGUGUAUCCCUUGCUGGGAUAGAUACCUAAAGAACAAUUCAAGCACCAGAGAACUUUUUCAAGUCUGGCCCUUCCUAGCCUCAGGUGGGGAAUCCUGGGUACUACAUUACAACUUUCUGCACACUACAGGGAUCCUUUGUUGCAGUUACUUACAUGCCCUAAAGCUCUGUGCUGAUGCAGUGGAGAUUUUAUAUCAUUUAAAAGAUAUUCCGCACCCCCAAAAAAAUUGCUGUAGUGUGCAUCUAUCCACCCUUCCUUUACAAGUUGCAAAUCUCUUAAUUCACUGAGCUACAGAGCAGCUUAGCUAAAAUUGGCAGGAAAAUAGUCUCCCAUUGAAGGUAAUGGCUUAUGUCUAAAGACAGGAAUUAGUAUUUGCUGCUUCUUUCGAACUGGACUUAGAGAGUGAAUCUGCCGCCUCUGAUAAGCUCUCCCCAGCCUAGCUUUAAUAGCCCAUUAACAGAGGAAUUCACAGCUGCAGUCAGUCAGUCAGUAGGAGCCAAAGACAGCUCGGGUGUUUUGCUCAAUAGAAACCUGUGUCUACCUCAGACAAGAGUGAGAAGGAAAAGCACUAGUAAAAUCCUCAGAAAUAGGCUGCUUCAUUGGCUGGGCAGCCUGGAACUGGGUCCACUGAAAGUUGUUUUAUACAUUUUGCCCAUCUCAGUAUGUGCCUUAAGAUAGGACCAAUACCUGCAAACUCUUUAGGAUAGUGUGUUUCAUUAUGUAUUUGUACAGCCCAAGGGUGCCCAAUCCUCAUUAGAACCUCUAUUAAAAUAUAAGUAGCAAGAAAAUGACUAGCUGAAAGCCAAACAAGAAAAUUAAAGAGGAAACAUUUUGUUUUCCUUUUUAUGGUGCAAUUCAUAUCCAUUACCCAUAUUAAAUGUAACCAGAGAGAUUUUUUUUUUUAAGUUCUUUGCUUUGUGAUAGCUGAAAGCACUAAGAACUAGGGGAGCAACUCUUCAGGAAGGCACCUCAAGGGGGGGGACAAGUGAGGACCAAUGGGCAUAAACAGAGAGGGUAAAUUCAGGCUAGACAAGAAUCUGGAACACACCCAGCAGAAGUGGUGAAGUCACCCUCCUUGGAGAUGUUAAAGAUGAGGCUGGACAAGCACAUUGUCAGGCUUGUCUGAGCCCAAUAACUUCCUGCCCACGGCAGGGGACCAAACUUGAUGAUCUUACAGGUCCUCCGGUUCUGUGAUUCUAUAAAGGAAUCCUUUUCACAGCUCAUCAAUUUAUACAUCUUCCCCAUUUCACAAGUGUCCCAACUCACUGUCAUAAGUUCCUUUCCACCUCCAGAAAUGACUCUUAGUAUGCUCUUUAAUCAUUGCCACCAAUUUUUGGUGAGAAGUGGAGAGCAAAUAAGUAAAAUCUCUUAUGUUCCCAUGUUCUGCAUCUUCAGUUUCCACAAAGGAAUCCGAGUGGGACAAUGGAGUAUGGUGUAACUUUAUAGCAGCUACCCUGGCAUAAAUUUUUGCUCGAAUUGUGACAUAUACCAAAAUAAGAUUUAAAAUAUGUGGGCUUUCUUUUCAGAAGAACAGUUUGAAAUCCACAAAUUUCAGAAUGGACAUCAUUGUAAUCUCUAGGGCUUCUGUUCUUGGCGUGUAAAGUGCACCCUUCAGCUCAGUUCUGAAGCACUGUACUUUUAAAAACACACUGCAGGUACCAUAUUUCUCUAUUAGUUGAAAUGUGCUGCAUUUUCCACUGUUUUUUUAUUAAGCAUGUUAAGUUUACAUUUUAAUGGAUGAUGCUUUAUUACCAUCUUAGUCUGUUUUAUUUUAUUGCACAGACGACACCCUGCUUCUCUUCCCUCCGAAGACUAGGCUGAAAUGUACUGAAAUAGUUUCCUAAUAAAAUUUGAAAGAUGAAAAGCAAA